CACUCACUUCCGGCGUUCUGCAUGUGCAUUUCCUCAAUCGUCCGCUGUUCUGGUUGAGAAGGCCAAAUAGCGAGUGUCCGUGCACUUCACUGAGAUGUCUGCGGCGUUACGUGUGGUCUACACCGUAUCCAGGCCAGGGUCAUUUCUGGCCAGUCAAAAUCUUGCACGUCCUCUCAGCCUAUCUGCACACAGAGCAGGGAUUAAGUAUGUCAAUAAUCAGGAGGAAGCCACAGAUAUGAAGUCCAUCACGGACCGUGCGGCUCAGACACUUCUGUGGACAGAGCUGUUCAGAGGUUUGGGAAUGACCAUGAGCUACCUUUUCCGUGAACCUGCCACAAUCAACUACCCCUUUGAGAAGGGCCCUCUGUCGCCCCGUUUCCGUGGGGAGCAUGCGCUACGCAGGUACCCCUCUGGAGAGGAGCGGUGCAUUGCAUGUAAACUUUGUGAAGCCAUUUGUCCAGCCCAGGCGAUCACAAUUGAGGCAGAACCUCGUGCCGACGGCAGCAGGAGAACAACGCGUUAUGACAUAGACAUGACCAAAUGCAUCUAUUGUGGCUUUUGCCAGGAGGCCUGCCCUGUGGAUGCAAUUGUAGAGGGUCCCAACUUUGAGUUCUCCACAGAGACUCAUGAGGAACUGCUUUAUAACAAGGAGAAACUCCUCAACAAUGGAGACAAGUGGGAGGCUGAGAUCGCUGCCAACAUCCAAGCUGACUAUCUCUACAGAUAAAUAAAUGUCAUGGACUGUCUCAUUUCAACACAGUGACUAUAUACUCUUCACCAUGCUCUCUUACCAGUAAUCACAGUUUCAAUUGCACAUGGAAGAUUUGCUUUUAGACAGUUACUGUUGUGCUGAGUACACAUUUUCAAAGCCCAGGGACUGACUUUUUUGUGAAGAUGCACAUCAUUUUUGAUUUAUUUCUGUGGGAGCAUAAUAUAGAUGCUCAGGUCUAAAAUUAAGUUCACA